AUGACUUCAUUAAACUUCGAAGUUUCAGAAUUUCAAGGAUAUCUUUUCUCUACCAAGCUUAUAGAUUCAGAUCCACGUCAAAACUCAGCAAAACAGUUCUUUCCUUCAAAAUUUAUUAUAAAUUUUACGAAAAUUAGAAGCUAUCCAGCCAAAUUAGAGCAAAUUAAAGAUUUUUACAAGGAAUCAAGCCAUAAUAUUCUAAAUGAAUACAAUAAAACAGAUGAUUCUAAAAUGAGACGUAAAAUUGUACAUAUAUUAUCAUCACUUUGCGUUCUUGAUCUCAAAGAAGAGCUUCAACAAUUCAAAAACAUCAUCUUUUCACAAAAUUUUGUUCCUGACGGCCAUGUUAGUGUUGAUGAUUUCGUUCCAGACAUUGUAGGUAACUUGAUUUCUGCAUAUCAAUUAACAGACGACAAGUCAUUCUUAUUAAAAGCCAAAGAAUAUGCUGAUUUCAUCAUGCCAUUCACUACAGAAUGUCAUUUUUUCACAAUUAAUAAUGAUAAUGGAAAUCCUAAAGGAGAACCAUGCCAUCAUUCAAAGAUUAAACCAAAGUAUUCCGUUUUCCCAUGCGAAUUCAUUAAUUUGUCAAUUUUAUUAGAUGAUCCAAAGUAUAUGCAGCACACAAUGAGGAAAUUCAAGAAAGUAUUGAGGGAAUAUUCAAAAGAACUUGGAUGGAAGCAACAAUACGAUUAUUUGGAUAAAUUAGUUAAAGGAUAUCAUUUAAUAGGAGACAGUGGCCAGCAUUUCAUGAAUUUAUAUUUGAAAUACAUGAAUGAUGUGCGGCCAGCACGUAGUCCUGCUUCUUUUGUUGAUCAGUAUCGAAAUAAUUUUGUUGCCGGGACUAUAAUAAUGGGAACAGUUAAGAUAAAUGAAAAAAUGAUUGAAGAUCGAAAUUUGAGUAGAUAUAUUAUGAAACAAAUUGUUGAGAAUCUGGAUAAGCCAGGAUAUGGUGAUUCAGAAGCAUAUUUUAAUGCUCUCAUUUCUUUAUUUGCUUUGUAUAGAUUAGAACCAUCACAAGAAUAUAGAGAUCUUGCUUGGAAAUCUUUUGAAAAAAUUAAAUCAAUGACAGCUGAUGAAUUUACUCUCAAAGCUUUGAUGUUUAUAUAUUUGAUACACUCUGAUAGUGACUUCUUCAGUUUGGAUGAUUAUAUUUUCAAUGAACAUGGAGUUCCUUUCAAAAUAAUUAAAGAAAUCGACAUGAAAAAAUGGGGACCUUUCAUCGAAUAUAGAGGAUAUACUGCGGAUGAUUUAGAGAAAAGAUAUAGCGAUUUGGCUGACUUGUCUAAAUAUUUCUAA